UCCAAAAUGAUUCCAGACGAUAGGCAUCAUCUUUAUAAGCAUCGCGAUCCAGCAGCCUCAGAGAUCCCUGGUCCACCCUCUCACUCACACUCCCUCACUCAUCACUCGCCUCGCUGCGAGCCAAGCGAAGCCUCGCGCCAGCGCUGCUGCAUUUGCGGAGUAGUAAGCGAUGCUGGCCGUGACGGUGAGCCAGGUGGUGACGCUGCUCUCCUCGGCCCUCUCCGGCGGUGGUGGUGGCGGCGUGGAGGUUGGGGCGAAGGCCGACGGCGAGCGGUGGCGACGCUGCGGCGGGCACGACCGCGCGGCGGGGUACUGCUGCGUGUGCAUAUCGGCGUGCCGCGACGGCGAGGAGAUCAGGUGGCUGCCGUGCGGCCACGCCUUCCACCGGGACUGCGUCGACCGCUGGCUGGCGCGCUGCCGGCGGACGUGCCCGCUCUGCCGCCUGCACGUCGGAGGCGGCGUCGUGGGUUUGGUCGACGAGGAGCAGCACCACCAGCUCAGCGAGGACCUCGUCAUCUGGUUCUCUUCCCUCUUCGUCGCCGGCUUGUAGGAUUGGCCGUGGGAUCGGAUAUGCUAGCAAUGGUGCCUCUACCUGUAAGCGUAUAAAUAUACGUGCACGGAGUGUAGGAUCCUUCGUAGUUGGCUUCUUUAGUUCCUUUGCUGGCUGGCCUCUUUUAGAUUUCUUUGUGAUAAAAGCUUAUUCGAAGGAUAAAAUUUCUUCGAUCCUCCUAAAAUAUUUCUGUACCAACUCCUGCCAAAACCGUCCCUACUCCGUACAAACACAUUUCUUUUGCACUGGAGGGCAUGAUUGCUCAAACGAGAAAAAGGGUAGAAAAGUCUGUUAACAUAUUUUAUAGCCACAGAAAAAGAAAAAAAAGGAGACAAAUAUAUAACACAAAGUUUCUAACCA